UGCAGGGGACCUAUAGCGCGCUGUUUUGGCGAGACUUAACCGCCGUACACGUGAAGGUCUUGACGGAUUGCAGCGCCGGCAGCUUAUGAAACUUGGUGAAUAAUGGAGAGCUACCACGUUCACGUCACGGUAGCCGUAGCCUGGCGGGUGGGAUGAGAGAGAGCCCGGAUCGUUGGCGCAAAGCUUUGCCUGUGUGGCUAUGGCAUUCCAAGGGGCCCUCGGCCUCGGGGCCGCGAAAGCGCUCGGUCCCGAUUGUUUUUCAUGUUCAUCACAGCUGACGGUGCGAGUGUCUCGACAUUCUGGAACCAAUGCGCGUGUCGCGUUUCCCAGAAGUGCGUUUGCAAUUGGAAAGAAUGGAGCUCCUUUCGGAUCGUUUUCCGAACUCCCUGUUGGUCGAGAGAGAAGAAUCAGUGGGAAUUUUCUGUGUAGAGAAAGGUCAGUGCUGGUCAGGGCUGAAGCAGGUCCGGAGUCUGAAUUCAGGCCACAGGGGAAGCAAUCCAGUCCUGUGGAUCCCGAGACCGGAAUUGACGCGGAUGGGUUUGUGACAGCUUCUCUGCCGGAGGAGUUCAUUGAGCUUAUGAAGGAUGACGGGGAUCCUCCCAAUUAUGGACUCUUUGCGUUUGGUGUCGUGACUGCAAUUUUGGCUCGCGGAGUUAUCUGGAGGGAGAUUCAAAAUUGGGUGAAUAUCGCUGCCUUCUUGGCUGUUUUCGCACUGGAAUCUGUACAAGCAUUGGCUUACAAACUAGUGGACCUCGGAGGCCAGCCUGUGUUAACUGUUCUCGAGGUUUUCUUAUUCGUCGGUCAGAAUAUUGUCAAUGUCUUUAGGUUAGCUGGAGAGUUGAUAUCUGUUCGAGAGGUUUCCCUUGCCAUUCUUCUCUCCACUGUGGUGCUUCUCGUAGGAGAGAGUGUAUCGGAAACCUACAAGGACGCUUCAGAAUUUCCAAGCCGCAAUAUGCUAGACUUCGCAGGAGUGUUAGGUUUGGCUGCAGCUGUGGGUUUUAUCUCCGCAGAGUUUAUGUUACUUGGCUUGGUAGGCAUUACCUCCUAUCUGCUGAGUGCUAAAAGGUAUAACCCCGUGGCCGGGUUCACGCCCGCAGUGGCCACUUUAGUAGCCAUUGCUGGACCAGCAAUUCGUUGGCCAAUUUUUGCCGCUUUUGUAGGAUCUUCUGUGUUUAGAUACUGGAAGAAGGGGUACUUGUCACAAGGGGCUGUUAUGAACACAAGAAGAGGACAGCAUCCGAGAGUCCUCGUAGGAUUAGUGUAUCUAGUAGGUAUCAGUAUGGUUUCGAAGGUUAUAUUUUAUUUCGAGGCUUUAUUUCCGUCUUCUCCCCCUACAGUUGAGUAGCAUUCGACUACGGCACAUGGAACAAUCAGAACCUGUGUCUUUUACUUACAGGAACUGGGCUUCAAUGUAGUGAGCAUUUUUUUUUUAUAUAUUCGAAAUCAAUUGCAGUUCUCUCGCG